AUGGGCGGCUACCUCGAGCAGGGAGAUGUGACGAGCCGCCACUGGCUAGCGGGCGGUUGUCCUUGGUACGUGGAGGAGCAGGAGGAAGCCAGCGCGGUUACCGGUCGCCAGGGACGCAGAACAACGCCAGGACAGCGAGACGACGCGUCUGUCGGUGAGGAUGGGCGGAGCGGGUGGACGGCGAUGGGAGUGAAGUCCAGGGAGAAGUUCGAGAUGUUCGAGGAGGAAGAAGAAGAGAAAACGAAAUUACGGCAUGUGGUAACGGCCGGUAUCGUGGCUCGUGCAUAA